AUGGCUCAGCAUGGCGCUGGUGAGCUGGGGUCGGUCUGGGCCAGCGGCUGGUGGCACGGGUGGCGCAUGCGCCUGAUCAACACCACAGAGCACGUGCUUUCGCAACUCGUUGCGGCCAUGUCUUUGCUUCGUACAGAUGAGUUGGAGACGCUCAUGUUGGACACUUACGAGGGAGAUGUGAUCCACGACUGGUGCUCGAGCCUCCUCCUCUCCGCCAGUGCCAGCCAUGGGACGCGCGUGCCCGUCUCCAUCACCGUCUUGCAGUACGCGGAUCGGAGCGUGGCUCGCCGCGCAGCCUGUCUUCUAUUUGCCUGUGGCUUGCCGUUUCGCUACCACAAUGCCACAUUUGUGUUUGCGCGCCAUCACCACGACGCGAUUAACCACCUGAGCGACCUAACCGCUCGCUUGGCCCUGAAUCCUUCGGUCGAGCUGCAGGCGACGCUCAUGCAGGAGCUCUGGCCGGACGUGUCAGGUUCAAUGCAGCCGUUUCGAUACGCUCAGCGCUGGUGCUUUACGAUUCAACAUCUGGCUCGCCAUAUUUGCGCAGCGCUGCGGAACGCGGACAUGGGCCUUCGCCUCUUUAUCCGCUACGCCCGAGCUGUGGCGGAUCAAUGCUUGAGCCACAGCGAACGCGGGCGGAUUCUUUGGGAUGCCAGCCUCCAGGCAGCUGCGAAUGGCGCUUCCGAUAUGGCCGAGGAUAUCUUGCUCCUGCUCGUCCGCCGGACGCAAGGCCUGUCCAUGUUUGCCGAGGCCCAGUUCGAAGGCCUCCAAGCCAUCUACGAGCUGUUGGUCGUGCUUGGCGCCGAGGCCCCGACCCUGGUCGCUGCAAGCACGCAACACAGGCUCGCCGAAUGGUUGUGCAGCCUGGCCGGCACACUCAAAAUCAACGCAGAGCAGCAAACCAUCGAGCCGCAACAUUUCACACAGUGCGCUCGCAUGUUUGCUCUCACCUUUGCCGAGGCUCUUUUCAAAUUUCGCGCCGUCAUGGUGCAGCUGGGAUCCUCGAUCGAGUUUGGUCAGCACUUGGCUUGGCUUCUUGUCCACGAGGGCGGCACGCCCGACACUCGCAAAUGGAUCGAUUUUGCGCUACGUGAAAUUGCGCAUGCGCAAAUCGAGUUGGACGCCUUCGCCCGCAACGCUGAGGCUCCCAGUCUGGUGCGUGGUCUGCGCCAGUACAUGGCCGACUGGCUUGCCCGUCAACCGGCUCUGGCCAAAGAUGCGACUUUUGAUGCCGCCUACUGCCUCAUGUAUCGCUUGCACGAGUUUCGCACCGAGGCUCAUGAUCGAGGCUUUGGAAGCAAUGUCCGCGCCACAGCCGCCGAAUUUGAUCGCGCCGAGGACCCGUUGGACCAGCGCGAGCAGGUUGUGCGGCUCAAUUGGCUCGAUUCCCACGGAUCGCCCCCGGUCGUCUGCAUUGCCUCCAGCGGCACACCCCACAAACUAGAGCACGCCAUAACGCUUGUUGAGCGCGGCGCCCCUUGGGUGACCACCCUUUCCUUUCCCGGUCCCAUUUGCCACCGUGUGCAAUCGGAGUUUUUACAAGAGCGCGAGCCACUCGUUUCGCAGUUGGCGUUGGCAGCUAUUCGCAUCUGCCGCUUCUCAGGCUCUGCUAAUCUGAAUCAACUCCUCAGCGCCCGCGAGGCCGUGAUUAGCCAGCUGCGCAGCACGUUUGCAGCAGCACUGCAAGCGAGCGAUGGCUACUUGGAACAGCUGGCCGCAAGCAGUACCUUUGACCUGGAGGCAAUUGGUGUCGAGCCCGAUGGUGAGUGCAGCGUGUGUCUCAGCCGCUUUGACGGUCGCGAUGACGACGAGAUUGAAGCUGGAACCACCAUUGGUAAUGAGAAAGACAACGAGUGCGACAACGACGACAAUGACGAGGGGCCAGUGGCAUCUGAAAACUCGCAGGUGGCGGAGCAGGAGCAGGAGCAGGAGCAAGAAUCGCAACCGCAGCCGAGCGAUGCCCCUUCCAAUACAACAGGCACACAUCGCGCAGCACAGCUCGUGGCUCGCCUGCCAUGUUCCCACGCGUUUCACCUAGAGUGUGUCACAGGCUUUAUGCGACUCAAUCGCACGUGCUGUCCAUUUUGUAAUACACCCGUCAAGGCCGAGGCACCUCCGCUUCCCCCACGUCCUACAACCAGACAUCAUGCAGGGCCUGCCCUGAUUCUCAAUUGGCUCAACGAGUUGUGGGCGGACAACGCAGAACGCUCCGGCUGGCCCUGUGCUGACCAGAUCGCCUUUUGCUAUCGGGCGCUAGCCAACCUGAGUUACUCCAUGCCUGCCUACGCAGUGCCCUUGCUUAUGUACAUUGGAGAAAUGAAGCCGGCAGAGUUUGAGCGAUUGGUGCAUGACAUGCGUCAAGCCCCGGUGCAAGUCCGCUACGCGGUUGCGUGCUGCUGUGGAUCUUUUCUCGACUUGCUGCGCCUCUCAAUGACGACCAAAGUCCUCUUUCGGUGCCUGGAGCUGGCUCUGGCCACGUGCAAUCCGCCGUAUCCAGUGCCGGAGAGCGUGACCACUUGUCUUGACUCCUUGGUGCAGAAAAUUCUUUCGUUUCCGAAUGAAGCGGGGCUACCGGCGCAGCUGCAGGCUAGUGUGGAUGCGUUUAAAGCACGCCAGGCAGGUGAUGGCUCCUCAUAG